UCACAGCUGCAGGUUGCCGCGGCAUGUUUUGGUCCAGCCUGGGCUUUUGAUCGCUGCUCGUUUUUCGGCGAUUAAUUCCAAAAUACUGCUCGUCACUCCGAAUUGGAACUUCUCAGGUGAACCUGAAGAUUCGCGUUGAGCGAAAAUCUGAAAAUUGCUGCUCGACCCGUUCACGAAAAGCUGAAAAAUGAGCGUCCAAGCCAACCAAGUCUUGUCCAUGGACGCCUCGCAGCAAGCAGCCUUUGCUCGGUUCUUCCUGUCCAUGCCUGAGAAAUCAGCAUGCACUGUGCGCAUUUUCAACCGAAACGAGUACUACACCUUGCACGGCUCGGACGCCAUCCUCGCCUCGAAAGAGAUUUUCAAGUCAACGUCUUCAGUCAAGCACAUGAACUACGGCCAAAACCAACUGGAGUAUGUGAUUCUGAACCACCACCACUUUGAGGCGCUGCUGAGAACCCUCCUCUUGAACAAAACUUACAGAGUCGAGGUUUACUCGAGUCCCAACAACUCCAGCAACAAUUGGACCAUAGAGUUCAAGGCCUCACCAGGGAACCUGAGUCAGUUUGAGGAUUUGCUGUUCAGCACCAAGUCCGAAGGUCAGUCCGGCGUUGCUGCCAUCAAGAUUACUAGCGAUGGCAAAAGCAAGCUCGUUGGAGUUGGCUUUGUGGACACAAGUGACAGCAAAAUGAAGGUGGCUCAGUUUCCUGACCUGGACAACCUGAGCAACACUGAGUGCGUCAUCCAGCAAUUGGCCCCGAGGGAAAUCCUCGUCUCCGCAGGCAUGGACGAGCAGGACAUCUCCACGAUCAAAACAUUUGGCGAGCAGUGUGGAAUUUUGGUGAGCACCAAGCCGAAGAACACGUUCAAGGCGGACGACGCCUUCCUGCAGGACAUGGGCCGCCUGCUGCGCCUCAAACCUGGCCAGUCAGACAACGUGGCCGCCCUGCCAGAGCUGAAGCACUCUGCGGCCAGUGCGGCGCUGGCCGCCUGUGUGCACUUCCUCGAGCUGGUCAGCGACAACGCCCACUUCAGGCAGUUCGGCCUUUCCGAGUUCAACAGUCAGCAGUUUGUGCGCAUCGACGGCCAGACCGUCCGAGCCAUCAACCUGAAGCCAGGGGUCGGCUCCAGUGGCCUCGGCAAGCCCCACGAGUCCCUCGUGGGCCUCUUGGGACAGGCUGUCUGCACCCCACAUGGUCACCGGCUGCUGCUCAAGUGGCUGCAGCAGCCCCUGAGGAAUGAGGCUCCUCUGUUGGAGCGGCUGGACUGUGUUGAGGCGCUCAACUCUGACCUGGCAGCAAUGGAGAGUCUGUCCAAGGACUUCCUCAAAGGUGUUCCUGAUCUGCAGUACCUGGCCAAGAAAAUCCACAGAAAGAAAGCCACCCUUCAGGAUCUCUUCAGGAUCUAUCAAGGAGUGAAAAGACUUUCGGGCGUCGUAUCAGUAUUGGAAGGUCUCUCUGGAUCAGAAAAAGUGCUUUCCUCUGUCAAAGCAUUGCUGCUGGAGCCGCUGAAAGAGAAAAAUGAUGACAUGGCUAACUAUUUGGAAAUGGUUGAGCAGACCUUAGACAUUGAUCAGGCAGCUCAGGGCGAAUACAUGAUCAGACCUGAGUUCGACGACAACCUCAAAGAAAUCCAAAGCAAACGAUCCGAUUUGAGGGAAGAAAUGGAGAGCGCCCUGUAUGAAGCGAGCAGGGAACUUGACCUGGAGGCAAACAAAACGCUCAAGUUGGACCAAACGCCACAGCUCGGCUUCUUUUUCAGACUCACACUAAACAAUGAGAAGAUUCUCAGAGGAAGCAAGAAGUUCACAAUUUUGGAUACCAACAAAGGAGGAAUUCGCUUUGUGAACCAGAAACUGCGCUCUUUGAAUGACGAUUUCCAAGCGGCUAGCGAAGAGUAUCAGCAAACGCAGCAGGAGAUUGUCAAAGGAGUUGUCGAUGUGGCAGUUACAUACAGUGACACAAUCAACAACUUGGGUGACAUCCUGGCGCAUAUUGACGUUCUGAACAGUUUUGCCAUUGCUGCUUCGAACAGCGCCGAACCCUACUGCAGACCAACCCUGCACCCUCCUGGCUCUGGAGUCCUGAAUUUCAAGCAGCUCAGACACCCUUGCCUGGAGAGACAGAACGGAGUAGACUAUGUUGCCAAUGACGCUGUCUUUGACAAAGAGAAAGAACGGGUGGUGGUGCUGACGGGGCCAAACAUGGGUGGCAAGUCGACCUACAUCCGCAGCGUGGCAGCCGCCGUGGUGAUGGCCCAACUGGGCUCCUUCGUCCCUGCUGCCGAAGCCUCGCUCAGUUUGGUGGACAGUGUGCUGGUGCGGAUUGGCGCGGGGGACAGCCAGGCCCUCGGGGUCUCCACCUUCAUGGCCGAAAUGCUCGAGACCAGCACCAUCCUCAAGGCGGCCACCAAGCAGUCGCUCGUCAUCAUCGACGAACUCGGCCGAGGCACCUCCACCUAUGACGGAUUCGGUCUGGCCUGGGCCAUUUCAGAACAUGUGGCGAAGGAGAUUGGCUGUUUCUGCCUUUUUGCCACUCACUUCCACGAGUUGACAGCCCUGGCCAAUCAGGUUCCUGGCGUGGUCAACCGUCAUGUGGUGGCUAAAACCUCAGAGGGGGUCCUCACCCUCAUGUACCGCAUCAAGGAAGGCCCCUGCGACCAGAGCUUUGGACUCCACGUGGCUGAAAUGACCGAGUUUCCUAAAAAUGUCCUUGAGAGAGCUGCUGACAAGCAAAAGCAGUUGGAACUCCUGCACAAGUGGGUUCCGUCAGAAUUCCUGUCCACGGAGGAUGAGGACAGAAGGAAUGGAGAAAAACUGGUGGAAGAUUUUUUGGAGCAGGUCAAGAGCCUUGAUGUGGAGGGUGCGGAUCUGAGUGACAAACUCGAAGACCUUCAGAAGAGCAUCUCGUCAAGUGACAACAAGUUCCUAAAAGAACUGAUGCAGUCCUUUGCCCCUAUCCUUUCCAAGUGAUAAAUAAAUCUCUCAUGUGCCAUUAAAAAAUAAACUUGAAUUGUCAGAAAACA